AUGCCUCAGCUCAACACAGAUAUCCAGAAAUAUGAAGUGGAUGACAAGUCUACUGACGAUGUAAUUAUUGGUGAGAAUGCUCAUCAGAAGAAUCCUGACAAAAAUCUGAAGCUUUCCAAAAACUUAAAGAGCAUUCAAACAACAGCCAACGAUUCAAGUAAUAUUCCAAACCAAGCCGUUCCGCCGAUAACCUAUUUCACGGAACCCACAACCACAUACUGGCAAAGCAUCCUCUCAUCCAGCCAUACCCCGCAAAACCCGCCCUAUAAAUACGGUUUCGCAGCCAAACUACCCGACUCACGUUUUCUGGUUCUCCCAAUCAGACCGUUGAAAGAUAAUCCCAAGCAUGCAGUUGCCUCACUUCUGGUUAACCAAGCCUCCAUGGAAGUAGUAGAUAUACUUUCCGACUUUCUUGCCGAUCUCGUGCGUCGUUUUGAGCCGGAUGCUAUUAUUGGACUUCCCACUUUGGGUCUUAGUUUGGCUCCGCUUGUCGCUAGGAAUCUAGGUUUAAAAAGAUAUAUACCCCUAGGCUACUCCCGCAAAUUUUGGUACGAUGAUGCCCUCUCCGCCUCAGUAUCAUCCAUCACGUCCCCAGAACUGGGGUUGAAGAAAGUUUACCUGGAUCCGCAUCAAUUACCUCUGGUUCUAGGGAAACGAUGUGUUAUCAUUGAUGACGCAGUAAGUUCUGGUGCAACACUGAAGACGACUUGGGAUUUGUUGGAGAAAAUUGGUUGUGACAUUGUGGCUUGUGGGGUGGUGAUGAAACAAGGCAAUAAAUGGGAACAGAGAAUUGGGCAAGAGAGAGUAGAUAAAUUGGUUUACGUGUUGGAAAGUCCUCUUUUGGAGAACGUUGAUGAGGGGUGGGUAUUGAGGUCUUGA